UCCUCUCCUCCCACUCCUUUCCUUCCUCUGACUGUGUCUGUCUCUGUGUGCGUGUCUCUCUCUCUCUCUCCCUCUUUCCCUGUUGGGAUCUCCGGACCCCCUUCGCCGGUGGCAGGCUCCCCACACCCAGCAGUCACCAUUUCCGCCCCCGGGAGAGCCACCGUGGCAGCGCAGCCUCUUCCCCGGCUCAGCAUCGGGAGGAAGACCCUUGUGGCGGCUGCCGUAGGGGUCAUGCUGGUCUUGGUGCUGGUCAUCCUCAUACCCGUGCUGGUGAGCUCCGUGGGCACAGAUGCUGGGCACUAUGAGAUGCUGGGCACCUGCCGCAUGGUCUGCGACCCUUACUUGACCAAGGGCACCACCACCAGUGCCAGCAUCCGGGCUGAAGCCGAAGCCCUGAGUGACCACAGCAUUGUGCCCCCGCCUUCUACUCUUGUCCAGGGGCCACAGGGGAAACCAGGAAGGCCCGGAAAACCUGGUCCCCCGGGGCCUCCUGGAGAACCAGGGCCACCGGGACCCGUUGGACCUCCAGGAGAAAAGGGGGAGCCCGGCAGGACUGGGAUACUGGGCUUUGGGGGCAACGGAGCUAUCAGCACAGCCACUUACUCCACCAUCCCCAGAGUGGCUUUUUACGCUGGGCUUAAGAACCCCCACGAGGGCUAUGAGAUCCUCAAGUUUGACGACGUGGUCACCAACCUGGGCAACAACUACGAUGGCACCACUGGCAAAUUCAUCUGCAACAUCCCUGGCACUUACUUCUUCAUCUACCAUGUUCUCAUGAGGGGUGGCGAUGGCACCAGCAUGUGGGCAGAUCUUUGCAAAAACGGCCAGGUACGAGCCAGUGCCAUCGCCCAGGAUGCAGACCAGAACUACGACUACGCCAGCAACAGUGUCAUCUUGCAUCUGGACGCGGGAGACGAGGUUUAUAUCAAGCUAGAUGGAGGCAAAGCCCAUGGGGGCAAUAACAACAAGUACAGCACCUUUUCUGGGUUCAUCAUCUAUGCCGACUGAAGGGGAAGAAUUGGUAGGGGAGGGAGGCUCAAGACAAGUGCUUCUUCUCUACUUCUCUCUGUUUUUCUCUCUCUAAAUCAAACUCUGCUUCAUUGUGAGGGUGCUGGGGUGGCCUGUACGACACUGACUACCACAAUGGGGUUUUGAAAGAAGUGAGUCACACCAUUUACCAGAGCUUCUAGGACUACUACGUUAAAAAGCCAGCCUCCCAAAUAAGGACUGUGGUGUUCCGAUUCACGCUUGAUUGAUGUUUAAAGAAUCUUCAUCUCUUCCCACCCCAUACUUGUCCAACAGUUUUCCUUUGUCCAAAACAGGUAGAACAUAUUGUGAAAAAAAUCACUUGCUCCUACAGUACGUCCCUGUCCUUGAUUGUUUUUAAUCAUAAUAAAGAUGUAUUUGGUGGUUGGGGCAACAGUAUCUGAUUGAGGAAUGGAAAGGGUUCAACCUUAAAGUUAAGCAACAGUAAGGUUGAAGCCCCCUUAAAGAAAUGCUGACAUUCUCUAACAAGCUGUUUUGAUUUUUUGCAUAGGACACAGUUUCAUCUGGUGGCUAUGCAGUCAUUGAAGUUUUUUGCUGAAUGUGAUGUCUUCUGUAAGCACAAACCGCUAUUUGAGCCUGUUGUUGAUGCAGGACAUGUCUUAAAGAAAACAAUAUUGAGCUGCCCACUUUUUCUGUAUGUUUGUCGCUCAGAAGGGGAAAUCACCUGGUUGGACAGCAUUCCUUUUCCCAGCUCUGUCUUUCCAGUAAGGAUUAUGGACUACUGUAUCAGUUUUAUGGUAGUUUACAUGUGGUGUAACUCUUCUAUUACCUAGACAACACACCUUAAUGUGAUAUGGAAUAUGGAAUCAAGAAUUGACUUUUGUAGUUUUUACUUACCAGUCCUUAACAGAAUAAGCUAAAAAAUAACAAUUUAUAACAAAGGUAGUGAUGGCAUACAGUACAUAAAGAAAACUGAGAGAAAUAUCAGGACCUUGAUAAGGAAUUUGAUUUCUGUGAGUGAGAAAUCCUGGCCAAAACAACCAAACACAGUAAAGGACCAUUUUCCUUUUUGGCAUAUACUGUACAUCACCCAAGAAUGCUCCUAAGUGGAAAGUCUUCUUCUGUUUAAGCUCAAGGAAGAUGACUUCCUGAACUUUUUGUAAAUAUCACUUUGUGACAUUUAUUAAUGGACCUGAUUGAGGUCCAUUAGUCAAAUUUAAAGUUCAAUAGGCAAUUUUAAAUUCUCAUUUUAUAACGCUCUUCGUUUUAUAUCUGACCUAGAUGAUGGUGACUUUUAUUUGUCACUCACUUGCCUUUGUAAUCCCAGAAUAGGGUUCAGCAAAAGUAAUCACACUUCAGCACUGGAGAUGACAGCCACUGUUCCCACUGCAGGUUAAAGUGCGGCACAUUCAAACUCUGGGUUCAAACUGCUGUCACAGAGAAAAACCUCUGAAGACCUAAUCAAUAAAACGAAAUGAGGGCCAUACCCACCAUGUUAAAAGACUAAUCUCAAGUAGGGCUGGGAGUGGCUUUAUUCAGGAUGGAGGCUGGCUGCUACAGCCUAGCCCAGCCUAGAUGGGGGCUCGCUGUGAGAUCUGACAGAGUGGGGGGGGCGCACUGAUGCCUUGGCCCCAGAUUCUCCUAAAAAAAUGAUAUAUGCAAAAAUAAUCCCCCUGACCCAAGCAAGAAAUACACAAGAAUAUCCUUCACUCCAUUUAAAAAAGUAGAAAGUACAUUGAGGCUCAAAAUAACUUCAACUAGGGCCCAGGUGAAUAAAGGAUAAUUCCAGCUCAUGUGGCAGCACUUCUGAUGAUGAGUCACUUCUGCUCAUUAGCCAAGGGUUUGCCAGGGUUUCAGGGGAGUUCAUCCCAGCAAGCCAUGGGCACAAGGCAGGAUACACCCUGUAUGGGUCUCCUGUCCAUCGAAAGGAACACACUGACACUAACAUGAGCCCAAGAGUGGUCCCAGUCUUGGAAUUACCAAUAAUUAUUAUCAUUAUCAUUAUCAAUAAUACCUAUACUGUAUGAGCUCUGUUUAAGAGGUUAUCCAAGUGUAUCACUGUAAACCUGCUCUUUUCAAGACAUUAAUAUAUGGCCAGACAGUUGCUAUCUUUUCUGGCUGUAUGCAGUCACAAAUGAGAAAAAACCUUUUGAGAAUGUUGCUAUUUAUGCUCUUGGGAGUGCAAAAUAAAAUCUAAUGGAGUGAGACUGAUGUGUUGAACUGUAAUUAAGUAAGGUGUUCAGAAAUAUCUUGAGAAACUUUACACGAUACCUCUUUAGCUCUUCCACUUCCUUUCGAUCCGUGAAAGACCUUUAACCUUCACAACCAGAAGACAUGAAUUAAUGAAAACCUAAUUGGAAUGACACAAAAUCUCAUGUGCAUUCAUACAGUAUGCAUGCCAUUAUUACCUUUGUUUCAAGGAAAAGGGAAUACUAAAACUUAAAACAAAGAUACUAUAAUCAGCCCAUGAAAUUGCAAAGGGGGCCUCUUUGAAUACAGAAAGAGGUCAGCUGCUUAUAAAUAAACUCUGUAAUGUUAAUUUUUAUUUUUUGUUGGGGAAUUGUUAAAUAAAUUUAAUUAAUAAACAGCAUUUUGGAGUCAC